GGUCAUUCAUUAGUUAUAUUUAAAUAUUCUGAAACCUAAUAAAUAAUGCCAAAUAAUAUGGCAACAAAAAAUUAUAUUUUUUGUGCAAUUCUAUUUUUGGUCGUUCCACACACAACUCAGUCCAAACCAAAUGAUAGCCCUUUUGGUUUCCUAAAGAGCUUAGAAGGAUGCAUGAAGGGCCAAAAUGUGGAUGGCCUUCACCAUCUUAAACGGUACCUUGCAAAAUUCGGGUACCUCGAAAAUCAUACCAUGACUAUCAACAACGAAGAUGAUCAAUUAUUCGACGAGAGACUCGAGGAAGCGAUCAAAACCUACCAGCACAAUUACGGGUUAAAUGUCACAGGACAUUUGGAUGCUACCACGGUGCAACAAAUGAUGAAACCUCGAUGUGGCGUACCGGACUUUAUCGAAGGCAAGAAUACAAUGCGAAAGAAAGACAAGACAUCCUUGUAUACAAAUCAAGGGGUAGCAUGGCCAUCCUCAGAGUACAAACUAACGUUCCAAAUCCAGUCAGGAACCCUAGUCCCCGGAGCCGAAAACAUGAGAUCCAUAGUAGUUGAUCAGUUGAGUAAAUGGGAACAAUAUAGUCCCUUUACUUUUGAGGAAGUGGGUGAGGGAAACCAAUCCGAUUUAGUAUUCGGGUUUGCGGUUGGCGAUCAUGGGGAUAGGUACCCUUUCGACGGCCCUGGUGGAGUAGUAGGUCAUUCUUUUUAUCCAACUGGUGGGGUUUCACAUUAUGAUGCAACUGAGGAUUGGAGUGACGACCCUGGAAUAAAUCAAGUCGAUCUUAACACCGUUGUGCUUCAUGAAAUCGGUCAUCUUCUCGGCCUUAGCCAUACUCAGGAUCAGAGUGCUGUGAUGUUUGCCAUUGUUGAUCGAGGGGUGAAAAAAAGAGAGCUCCAACAGGAUGAUGUUUUAGGUAUUCAGGCCAUAUAUGGGAAGGCAUAACAACACAAUUUGGUGUUAUUGUUACGUAAGUUAAUUAGAGUGCCAUGAUAUGAUCAAUCAUCAAUGCCGCAUGCAUUAUUAUAGUAUUCAAUUAUUUAAUCAAAUUUCUUAAAUUGUUGUACGUACAAAAUGAGGUUAUGGCCUACUUGUAUACAAGUAUUCCACCUUGCAAUUCAAUGUACUUCUCUA